AUGAUCCAUUCAUUACUACCGAAUUACAUGACAUUUAUGUUCAAGUACGAUAGCGUUCAUGGUCAGUGGAAAAAACACGAGCUUAAGGUUAAGGAUUCAAAGACUCUGCUCUUUGGUGACAAAUCAGUUACUGUCUUUGGUGCCAGGAAUCCAGAGGAGAUCCCAUGGGGUGAGUUCGGUGCUGAGUUUGUUGUUGAGUCAACCGGGGUUUUCACUGACCAGGACAAAGCUGCUGCUCACAUAAAGGGAGGUGCGAAGAAAGUUGUGAUAUCUGCGCCGAGUAAAGAUGCACCAAUGUUUGUUGUUGGGGUGAACGAGAAGGAAUAUAAGCCGGACAUCAAUAUUGUUUCUAAUGCUAGUUGCACGACAAAUUGCUUAGCCCCACUGGCUAAGGUUCUUAAUGAUAGGUUUGGUAUCGUUGAGGGGCUGAUGACAACUGUACAUUCUAUAACUGCAACACAAAAGACUGUUGAUGGUCCUUCGAUGAAGGACUGGAGAAGUGGAAGAGCUGCUUCGUUCAACAUCAUUCCCAGUAGCACUGGAGCUGCUAAGGCUGUUGGGAAGGUACUUCCCGCCUUAAAUGGAAAGCUAACUGGAAUGGCUUUUCGUGUCCCAACUGUUGAUGUUUCGGUAGUUGACCUAACCGCUAGGCUUGAAAAAGCAGCCUCAUAUGAUGAAAUCAAAGCUGCUAUCAAAGAGGAAUCUGAGAAUAAAAUGAAGGGGAUCUUGGGAUAUACUGAAGAUGAUGUAGUAUCUACAGACUUUAUUGGAGACUGCAGGUCUAGCAUUUUCGACGCUAAGGCUGGAAUUGCACUCAACGACAAUUUUGUGAAAGUUGUGUCUUGGUACGAUAAUGAAUGGGGCUACAGUAAUCGUGUCGUUGAUUUGAUCCAUCACAUGGCUUCGGUUGCCUGA